AUGGGCUUGGCUGUAAGGAGAUCGAUGCUCCUCAAACGACAUUUGGAGAAGGACCCCGAGCUUAAAGAAAGGUAUAUUGCUCCUCCAGAGGACCAUGCCAGUAAGGGCUAUGCUGAGGUAGUACCCGAAGGGGAGCAAACCAAAACAACUGGAGCUGUAUGGGUUUUACCUCAUCGCGGAGUCUACAAGCAUGGUGACUCGAAUGGUGUGAAGGCUGUUUGUGGCUGUGCCGGGGUGUUCGGUAACCACUCACUAACUAAGCAGCUGCCCACGUGUCCAAACCUCGUCGAUGGCCUUUGCGGAGUCUCUUCAAGGUUCUGGCCUUGUGACUGCAAGCCUGUUACGGAUAUUAAAGCAGCGUUUCUCCAAGUGAAGGUGUCAGUUAGUGACCAUGACUGUUUACGCUUUCCCUGGUGGUCCGACGGUGUUCUAACGAGCAACCCAAGGACGCAUCGAAGUAACCCGCAUCACUUUGGUACAAAUUCACCGCAUUCUUGCAGCAGUCUGGCACUACGAACAACUGUUGAGCGUAACAUGACAAACUAUGACACCGCCGUAAUCAACCUCGCCAAAGGAAGCUUCUAUGUGGAUGACUGCUUGAUGAGCGUGUCCUCAACGGAGGAUGUUGAGAAGUUGGGAGGAAUACUGCGAGAAGCCUUACUGAUGGGAGGACUGCCUAGAGCGGAAGGAAAGGAAGCUACCGGAACGAAUUUACCAAGGAAUUUCAGUCCACUAACGCGUGACUGCACAUUGGUAAAGAUGUCAGUUAAAAAUUGCAAUCGUUAUCAUUGA